AGGAGUUACGUCAAAUUAUCCAUUUCGCAAUAUUAUUAUGAGCAAUAUCAUUUAAACCAAUGUAGGAAGUGUUGUCAGAGAUUAGGCAAGACGCUAUGAAGAUGAAAACUCUGUUGUAUUUUGCUGUCAUUGUUUUGUUGAUAGCAUUGAUAGAAGCAAGAGGAGGUAGAGGUGGUGGAAGGGGCGGAAGAUUUUCAUCCAGAUCCCGCUCAGGCUAUCGCUCAUCAUCCAGAUCCAGAUAUGUAUCUAAAUUUUCUGGAAGUAGAAUUUCUUCCAAAAGCCAGCUACGAACUGCCAUUUUGUUAGGAACAGUGUAUGGUGCAACAAGAUGGAAGAGUCGAUCUAGCUACCGAAGAAGUGGAGAAUUGCCUGAGGUCUGUUACAAUGAUAAAUAUGACCAAAACCAGUGGGGCAAUUCCACUUACCUUGGACGCUUCCUCUGCCCUACGGACCAGAGUAUGGGCGAUAACAAGAAGUACUGUUGUGGGGAAAAGGGAAAACAGUACUGCUGUACAUUCUGGGAAGAUGGAGGGCGUGUGGCAGGGGUGGUCAUCGGUAUCCUCGUUUUCAUGGGAAUCAUCUUCGUCACCUGCUACUGUUGUAUCAAGAGACGUAACAAGAGUUCCGGAUCUGUGAUCCGCACUCCAGAUAAGAACCACUUCCAGAUGGCUCCAGAUUACCAAGAGCAGAAUGUACCGUUGCGGCCAUACCACCAGGAUCCCACACCUGUUCCAAUGGCUGGGCCCCCUAUGGGAAAUUCUUCUUACUCAGCUCCUCAGAGCGGCCCACCCCCAUCUGGUGCACCACCACCAUACGAGCUUGCAGGCCCUGCCCCUGGAGGUCUACCUUAUGACCCAAACCCCAAAGGAGACCUGCCUUACCCUGUGAACCCACCUCCAUUCCAAUAUCAACAGGACCAAGGCAUGGAAAAGCCCCCAAUGCCCUCUGACGGAUCCCAGCCUUAUCCGACAGCCCCACCCCUCAGUGGGCCACAUUAUGGGGACACACCUUACCCCACAGGCAAUUCGCCUUACCCCGCUGGCAACCCAGCGUACCCACCCAUGGGAAACAUGCCUUAUCCACCAAACAAUGCUCCCUACCCUAACCAGUAAGAUGUGUAGGAUGCAGCCUGUGUUAUAUAGGCAACAGGCAGACAUGUUUUGAUAUUUUUAAUCAGUGCAUGAUGUAAAUGUACUCCGUACUUUUUACACUUUUUAGAUUUUUUAAUCAGAUGUAUUUUUAGUACAUGUAUAUUGAACAAGUUUUACACAUGUUAUGUGUACUUUUUUCUAGUCUUCACAUAAUUUGAAAUGUGUGCAAUUGAUAAAGGAAUUGAAUUGAAUUAAUUGAUUUUUUUAUUCCAUUGUAAAAUAAUAUUUUUGGAUUAAUAAAAACCAUAAAGAAUAAAGAUUAACAUAUACAUGUAUAUAUACACAUGUAUAUACAUAUGUACCCUCUCUCAUGUGCUAAUGAAAUUAAUAGGGUGUUCAUUUUAAUGUAAGAGCAAGCAACUCUAAUAAAUGGUUUGAAAGAAAAAAUCUCUUACAACAAAAUAAUGCAAGUUUAUUUACUUUUGAUAAGUUGAGUUUUACUAUUCUAUAUAUAUAUAUACAUAUAUGUACAUAUUCUCUAAAAGAGUAAGAAAUUAACUCAUUUUCUUCAUAAGUGUUGUUGCUGGUAGCAUAUUAUAUAUUCAAUAUGCUUUCCACUCCCUGAGAUGCCAUGUGUUUAGAAGUGGGUGCUUGUGUAUACUUAUAAUAUACAUUGAUUGAUAUACUUAUGUACUACAUGUUUUAAUGUACAGUGUACUUAAAGUUGUCAUAUGGCUGUGGUAUAUAGUACAUAUAUAUAUAAGUGUACAUCUUUUUGUACUUUUGCCCAUGUACAGGGAAUGUUAAAAAGCUCAAAGAAAGAGGUUUUUCUUUUUACAUAUGUCCAAUUUCUGUCUUGAAUUCGUUGUAUUGCAUUUGUGAAUUUUUCUUUUUUCAAAUUCACCUGUUUUGUAUAUUUCAUGAUAUUUCCUGCGAAUAUUUGGGGUGUUUUUAGGCGUUACAUAUUUUUAGAUAUUAUAUAUGAAUUAUGAAAAAUCAGAAACCUUUUCUGACUAAAUUUAUUGAUAUUAAAUUGUAACAGAUUUGUUUUGUAUUGAACAAAGGCACAGUAAUGUACAUAUGGCAGUUAAUUGAAAAAAAAAAAUUUUUGUCACUCAAGUAAUUGUAAGCUUUCAUAUUUGUGAAGUACAGGUACUUAGAGAAUUUUCUCUUUGAGAAAAAAAAACUUUAUGGUGUUGGGGUUAAUUUAUUUUAAUUCAAUAUGUUAUACAUGUAUUUGUUUUUGAAGAUUUUCUUCAACUUUAAAGGUAUGUGAAAUAGUGUGUUGCAUAUUGUCCAUAAUAAUUUUUAAAAAUAUAAAAACAAGCAAAAAUUCAUAUUUUCAAAGGACAAAUCUCAUUCCGAAUUUUUGCAUUUUCAGGUUGUGUAAAAAUUGAUUUUUAAACGUUGAACUUUUUUUACAUUGAUAACUGUCUCUGGGUAUUUUUUUAUAAAUCAUUAUGUCUUCGUUAAGUUUUUGUUUUUUCCUAUAAUAAGUUGCACCUCAAUUUGAUUGUGAGUUAUGUUUAAAAUUCAAUAAAGUAUUGAUUAAAAUGAGUUUAAACAAAGAGAGUUUAAUUUUGGUUUUUUGUUGUUUUUGAAAAUGAAAUAUAUACAGUGUCCAAAAUAAUAGAAACCUUUCUAUGUCAAAUAAUAGAACUUGGGGUUUAAAUUGGGAAUAAAUCAUAACAUGUUAUGUUUUCCAUAAGUUCUCAUAAUAUGCAUGCAGAUUAA